AUGGCUUACAAUCAAAUAAAUGGCCCCAUACCCCCAGAGAUUGGCAACUUAACCCGACUGAAGUACCUCAACCUCAGCAUGAACUCCAUCACUGGGGCGAUUCCAGAUUCCAUAUCAUUUUGUUCCAAGCUUGAGGUUAUCAGACUAAUGAACAACUCCAUCCAAGGUGAGAUCCCUCCAAGUCUUGCCAAGUUACAGCUCCUUCAGGAAAUUGUUCUUAGUAAUAACAACCUUGGCGGAAGAAUACCUUUGGGGAUUGGAUUGCUUCCAAAGUUGAAGUAUCUGUUUCUCCCAAGUAACAACCUUUUGGGCAGUAUUCCCGAAUCCUUGGGCAGCAGUCCAUCACUCGCCAUUGUAGUUGUUCGGAACAAUAGCUUAACGGGUGGUGUUCCACUUAUGUUGGCAAAUUGCUCAACACUAUACUACCUUGACCUCAUGCAAAACAAGCUCAGUGGAAACAUCCCCUCUACUAUCUUCAAUAGCACAGCACUUGAUACAUUAGAUCUCUCGGAUAAUGAAUUCUCUGGGGUCAUCCCAUCAUCCUCCAUGAUGUCCCCACCAAUAAAGUAUAUUUGCUUAGCAAAAAACAACUUCUCCGGAGUCAUACCUGCCACAUUUGGAAACUUUUCUCUUCUUUCCACCUUGCUCCUUUCUGAAAAUAACUUGCAAGGAAGCAUCCCUGAAAGUUUAGCAACAAUUCAGGUAUUGCAAGCACUAGACAUGGCUUAUAACAAUUUAUUAGGCGCAGUACCACAGAAACUUUACAACAAAACAUCACUCAACUACCUUGGCCUUGGUGUAAACCAACUUGUAGGAAGAAUUCCUAGUGACAUUGGCCACACUCUUCCGAACAUUGAAACAUUGGUCAUGGAAGGAAACAAAUUUGAGGGCCCACUGCCUGUGACCUUAGUCAAUGCCUCCAAACUCCAAGCAUUAGAACUCCGUGAUAAUGCAUUCACUGGGGUGGUUCCUUCCUACUGGUCACUGCCCAACUUGAUUCAGUUAGACCUUGGUGCGAACCAGCUUGAAACUAUAGACUGGAGAUUCUUGUCUUCAGCAUCAAACUCUACUGAACUUCAAAUAAUGUAUUUGGACAAUAACAGGCUAGAAGGAACAUUACCGAAUUCCAUUGGUAGCCUCUCAAGAAGCCUUCAACAGUUGUUUCUGACAGAAAAUAACUUCACUGGAACUAUACCACCUGAGAUAGGAAACCUCAAAAACCUCACAGUUCUGCAAUUAGAGGGAAAUAAAUUCCUUGGAACCAUCCCUGAUACACUUGGAAACCUUGAUAACUUGUUUAUCCUAAGCUUGGCCCACAAUAAGCUUUUUGGUGAGAUCCCACAGUCAAUUGGGAAAUUGGAAAUGUUAGGUCAACUUUAUGUCCAGGAGAACAAUUUAAGCGGUUUAAUACCUCCGAGCUUAGGAGGCUGUAAGAGUUUGGUGAUACUGAACCUAUCGCAUAAUGUCUUCCAAGGAAGCAUCCCUCCUGAACUCCUCACCAUUUCUUCUCUUUCUGGAGGCCUAGACUUGUCCUACAAUAAACUCACUGGAUCCAUACCAUCUACCAUUGGUAACCUGAUUAAUCUUGAAUCCCUUGAUAUUUCCAACAAUCAGUUAUCUGGAGAGAUUCCUCACACACUUGGUGAGUGCCUUCACCUUGAAUCCGUCCAUCUAGAGGUGAACUUUCUUUCUGGAAGCAUCCCAUCAUCAAUUAUGAGCUUAAGAGGCAUGACUGAGAUGGAGCUUUCUCAAAAUAAUUUGUCCGGUGAGAUCCCAGUUUUUCUGGAGACCUUUAGCACCUUGCAGCUACUCAAUUUAUCAUUCAACAACCUUGAGGGAGCUGUCCCUACCGCCGGUGUGUUCGGCAAUUCAAGCAAGGUACUCCUGCAAGGAAACAAGAAGCUAUGUGCAACACAUCCAGUGCUGCAGUUGCCAGUUUGCAAGUCGAUAGCAACAAGAAGAAACAAGACUCCCUACAUCAUAUCAGUAGCAGCUCCACUUGCUAGUGUUGUGAUGGUUUUGAUUGCAUGUUCUGCACUCAUCAUCAUCUGCAAGAAGAGAAUUCACUUCAAGAACCGGCGUCUUGACCCACCAUUGAAGGAACUGAAGAAGAUCUCGUACUCUGACAUUGCCGAUGCUACAAAUGAAUUCUCAUCGGACAACCUAGUUGGAUCCGGGCAGUUUGGAACUGUAUACAUAGGUACAUUCAAGUUCGAGGCGCGCCCGUUUGCAGUUAAGGUGUUCAAACUCGAUCAACUCGGAGCACCGAAGACCUUCUUUGCUGAAUGUGAGGCGUUAAGAAACACGCGCCACCGCAACCUGAUACGCGUGAUCAGCCUGUGCUCAAGCCUGGACCAAAUGGGAAACGAGUUCAAGGCCCUGAUUCUCGAGUACAUGGGCAAUGGCAGCCUGGAAAGCUGGCUCCAUCAUCCAAAGGUGGACACACAGGAGAAUAAAAGGACAGGGCUGAUGCUGAACCUGGGUUCAAGAAUACUGGUAGCCGUGGACAUUGCUGCUGCCUUGGACUACCUCCACAACUGGUGCAGGCCGCCUUUGGUCCAUUGCGAUCUGAAGCCGAGCAAUGUGCUUCUGGAUGAUGACAUGGUUGCUCACGUCAGUGACUUCGGAUUGGCCAAGUUUCUGCACGGCCGUGAUUCUUCAGCGAUGGUUAUGAGUUCAGCAAACAUUGCCGGGCCAAGAGGCUCAGUUGGAUACAUCGCACCGGAAUACGGGAUGGGUCUGGAAAUCUCGACUGCAGGCGACGUCUACAGCUACGGCGUCAUCCUUCUGGAGAUGAUAACGGGGAGGCGCCCAACCGACGACGCGUUCGACGGCGGGCUGAGCCUCCGCGGGCUCGUCGAGGCCGCGCUGCCACGGAACGUCGGCGAGGUCCUGGACGGCAGCCUCGUCGUCCCGCACCACGACGACGAUGAGCAGGACCGGACGAUCCUCGGGUGCGUCGAGCGGCUCGCCGAGCUCGGGCUGAGGUGCGCCGCGGACUCGCCGGGAGGCCGGCCGGCGAUCGGCCGCGUGUACGCCGAGGUCGUGGAGAUCAGAGAAGCGUUCUCCUCAGCGCUGGAGGUUUCAGCGGCCCACGGGUAG